CAUCAUAAAAGGACCAGAUUUUGUCUAAUCUUUAUUAAAAUAUAGAUUGUUUGGUAUUAAACUGAUAAACAACAACCAAUUCCACAAGUAUCUCUUAGCGAUAAAAGGUAAGCGGUGACAUCCUUGUAAUCAAUACACACUUAACAAUCCAAACUUCCGAAACUUUUCAAUCAAAAUAAUGGAGAAAGAAGGAAAACACGUAAUAUUGUUGAGCUCAUUAAUAAGACCAAGCAGCUAUACUCCGGGAGCAGCCAGACAGCGACGUAUUAUACUAAAAACUCCCAUUUCACAGAAUAGUAGACAGGGGAGAAGAACAGUAACAAGCGCAUCAAGUAGAUUAAGAAGAUCACGUAGAGAGACCGAAUCAGAGCCAUAUAGUACUGAAAACUCAAGGCAAAAUACAAAGGAUUUAGAUCUUCAUGAUGUUCCUGAUGAUGAACUUCGUGAAAAGAGAAAACAGAAAUUGGAAAGACCAAAAGUUAUGCAGAAAAUGUAUGAAAAAGCCUGCAACCGUUUCAAAGUGGUACCUGUAAGACAAUACUGGGAGACACCAGACACACAUAAUGUAUCGCUUCCAAAUUACAACCUGGGAACACAGGAUGUACAGGCACUGGCCACACCGUUAAUGCUUCAUGACUCCAUAACAGUUUUAGACUUAGCUGGAAAUGAUAUGGGGGCGAAAGGUGUACAAUCAUUGGUCGACGCCUUGCAUGGAAAUACAUCAUUGAACUCUUUGAAUUUAGCAGAAAACAAGUUACAUACUGCAGGAGCAGUUGCAUUGAAAGAGUUUCUCCGUGAACAUCCCACUUUACAGACACUAUCAUUGUCAGGAAAUGGCUUUAAAGAUGACGAUUCAAUUAUAUUUGGUCAAGUAAUGAAGGAGAAUCAGCGCCUGCAACACGUCAACUUUUCACACAAUGAAUUCGCUGAAACGGCUGGCCUACAAUUUCGAUACGUUUUGAGUGACACCGAAAACUUAGAAUCUUUCGAUAUAAGCUGGAAUCAUUUGAGAAGAAGAGGUGCAAUGGACUUAUUAGCUGGCGUGAAGAAAAACUAUGGUUUGAGAGUACUUGAUGUCAGCUUUAACGGUUUCGCAGCCGAAGGAGCAGCCGUUAUGGCAAAUGUUUUAAAAAAGAACAGAACUCUGCAAGAAGUUGACAUGCGUCAUAAUAGAUUAAAUGAUGCUGAUAUCAUUAAUAUUGCAACAAAAAUGGACUGCAAUGAUUCUUUAAAAGUUUUAAAGCUUGGUGAAAAUCAUUUUACCCACUUAGGGGCCCUAGCCUUGAUAACAGUAUUACUCAAUCCAGAUAAUGUCAAUGCGCUGGAAUUACUUGACCUAGGAAAUACGCCUGUCAGCGAUGAUUUUGAUUUUAUAGCAAAUGAACUAAAAACUUCAAGGCAAAAUCUUACUAUUAAAUAUGGGAGGAUAAUGAAUAAGAAAAAGCUUCCACCAAAACAACAAAUAAGUGACAAUCAAGAUUCUAAUUUAUUAAAUCAGCAACAAAACCAAACCGAAGUUGAUAUAGAAAGGUCUAAAACGCUGCCUACCAUGAACUCUUCGGCUGGUACUGAUGUCGAUGACUUGGUAUUUAGUCCUGAAUCAGACGAAAAACAGUCUGCCCUAUAUAUUAAAGAGCUAUUAUCGCAAAACAGUGCGCAUAAAAGAGAAGCUGCAGAAACUGAAAAGGAGCUAGAAAAUAACAAAAACAUCGCAAAAGAAGAUUCUAUAACAUUUCCGAAUAAUACAAAAGAUAGUGAGGAAUCAAAUUCAACAUUGCCAACUAAUUACGAAGAGAAACAAAAUGUGACACCAGAAACUAAGUUAGCAAGCAAUAAGAUAGACAACACAAACAAUCAGAUAGAUGCCAACAAUUCCAAUAAAAUUACUAAAGAAAACACUGAAAUAUCAUCAAGUGAAGAUCCAAAAUCCAAGAAGGAUGAAACAAUUACUGCUAACAAACCGGCUACUCAAUCAUCGCAAUUUGACCCAAAAAAUCUAUUUGUGCUGCAACGACAGUCAUUCAUAGAUUAGAACAAAGAUGUUUAUAAAUGUUUGUGCUCUGGAACUGGAAACAGAAGAAAAUGUUGCUAUCAACCUACAAACAUAUUGAUAUUUUUUUGUUCAUUUUUAUAUUUUGAAUUUCUUGAAUCAAAUUUAAUUCCGUCAGACAUGUGACUGUAAAAACAAUUAUGAUUGUUUAUAACGGCAAAAAAUUGAUAUUCGAGGGUAACAACUAUUCAGUUAUCACCCUUUAAAUGUGUGUCAACAGCAUACAUGCUCUAUUGUAACCCUAAGAUUCGUCUAACAUGCUAAUGGAUAAUAAUACUAUUUCAACAAAUGGAAACAACUAAAUGCCAUAUUUCUGAUUUCAUAUUUCAUAUUACAUGCAUUUUUCGAAGUAAACGGUGGGAGCUUUGUUAAAAGUAGUGUUGUAGCUAGCUAAACAUCCAACCUAUAUGACAAUUGUUUAUUGUAGUGUAAGUAUGGUAACUGUCACAAUAGUGACACAUGUGUGAGUAAAUGAGAAUAACCUGCUUGACCAAAAAUUCAGACAUUUGUAUUAAAUUCAGUCUCUCUGCAUGGUAGAUACGAAAAGUUAUUUAUCGUGGAUUUUUGCAUUCAUCAAAUUAUAAAAGUGUUAUUUAUUUCUAUUUGUCUAUGUCCGGUAAACGAAGACUAGCAUAUGUGCAGACCGGAUUUUAGAUAGACUUUCAAUCAUAACUGUCAGCUCUUUGUCAAUUGUUUCCCUUAUUUACAGUCAUACACAUCUUCUUGAUUAUUAUAUACACAUGGAAAAAAGUAUUGCAACACCUUGAUUUUUUAAAACUUGAAAAAUCAGCCU